UGACGGGAGGAGAGCGAGCGGGGCUCGGAUGCGCGUGCGCAUUGGCAUUCCGGUGCCCAAUGUUGAGCCUGUGGGGUCGGAGACCUCGGGCAUUACUAGGUCCCCGUUUGUGUGUAGUUGACUGGACGCCCCCUGGAGUCUUCCCGGGCCGCGGAGGGGGCGGCUGGCGCUCCGAGGACCCCGUGACUUCUCUACCUUCUUUCUGUCAGGCAGCGCUGGAGGCAGGCGGGCUGCGCGCGCAGCCGCCGUCGUGAGGGCCCGGGCAGGACCCCGGCGCUGCUGAGGCGGCCGGAGACUGAGCGGGAGCCGAAGCUCGAGUGGGAGGCGUUGUCGUUGUCGUUGUCGUCGUCGUCCGGGCGGGGGCGCGGCUAUGUGGUGGGGCGAGGGGCCCGGAGAGUGGCAGACGCUGGCCUGGGAGCUGUUGGGCGCGUCGGCUGUAGUGCUGCUGGUCCGCUGUCUGGUUCGCCUCCGGGAGCAGUGGCCCAGAGCCAGCCGCCACGGCGUCGGCCCAGAUCGCGGCAGCGUCUGCCUGAGCUCCGGUCCGGGCCCCGACCCCAGCUCCGAGCCCAGCCCUAGUCCGGACCCCGGCCCGGCUCCCGGCCCAGACCCCGGGCCUGCAUCCCCGGCCCCGAGAGGCCUCCGCUCAGGUAAACUAUCAAUGGAUGUUAUUUUGGCCAGAUUGAAAAAUCUGAAUCCAGAUGAUCUUAGAGAAGAAAUUUUCAAAGCUGGACUCAAAUAUGGACCUAUUACAUCGACAACAAGAUUCAUUUUUGAAAAAAAACUGGCUCAAGCUUUGUUGGAACGACAAGGAGGAGUUGAAGAAGUUUUUUUCUCCCCUCCAGAUCAGGCUUCGAAAAAUGUUGCUAUUAAUCAAACAGAAACAAAACAGACUUUGAAAUCUACUGUGGUAAACCUGGCAAAGCAUAGCAGCUUACCUGAAGACAAAGAUUUUGGUUAUAACUUGGGUUUGAAUCCUCCAGAAGAGGAUGCUUUAAUUCAUAAGGCCUGCUCUAUGCCACUUGGUGGUAUGGCUGACAGUGACUCACAAAAAGAUGUAUCGGUGCCAUCCAAAGAUCCUCUUCUAUACUAUGGAGUAUGUCCAGUUUAUGAUGAUGUCCUAGCAAGAAAUGAAAGGAUUCAUGUUUAUGAGGACAAGAAGGAAGCUUUGCAAGCUGUCAAAAUGCUCAAAGGGGCCCGAUUUAAAGCUUUCUCAAACAGAGAAGAUGCUGAGAAGUUUGCUAAGGGAAUCUGUGAUUAUUUUCCAUCUCCAAGCAAAACUUGCUUUCCUCUCUCUCCAGUGAAAAUGGUACCAUUUUUUAAUCAAGAUAGUUUAGGCUCACCUGAGCCAGAGUCAGUUAACAAGGAGCGAGCAAACAGUUUUAAAAGCCCUCGUACGCAAGACCUGACUGCCAGACUUCGGAAAGCUGUGGAGAAGGGAGAUGAAGCUAUGUUUUCAGAACUUAUCUGGAAUAACCCACGCUACCUGAUUGGUUCGGGGGACAACCCAACAGUAGUACAGGAAGGAUGUAGGUACAAUGUCAUGCAUGUGGCCACCAAAGAGAAUCAGGCUCGUAUCUGCCAAUUGAUUUUAGACACUUUGGAAAAUCCUGAAUUUAUGCGACUUAUGUAUCCGGAUGAUGAUGAGGUCAUGUUGCAGAACCGUAUUCGAUAUAUUGUUGACCUUUAUCUUAACAACCCUGAUAAAAUGGCAAAUGAUACUCCUUUGCAUUUUGCUUGCAAAUUUGGGAAUGCAGAUGUGGUCAAUGUACUUUCUUCACACCCUGGUGUUAUAAAAAAUCCGAGAAACAAAUAUUUACAAACUCCUGAAGAUGUAAUUUGUGAAAGAAGUAAAAAUAAAUCUGCAGAAUUGAAGGAGCGAAUUAGAGAAUAUUUAAAAGGUCAUUAUUAUGUGCCACUCCUAAGGGCAGAAGACAAUUCCUCUCCUGUGAUUGGUGACAUAUGGACUCCAGAUAAAGCAGAUGGGCGCCCUCAUAUAGCAACACCCCGAUUUGGGAGUAGCCCUAAAGAUCCUGUUCUGAGUGUGAGAGCUUUUGCGGGGCCCUUAAGCCCAUCCAAAGCGGAAGACUUUCGUAGACUUUGGAAAACUCCCCCUCGAGAGAGAGCUGAUUUCUUUAAUAAUGUCAGAAAAUCCGAUCCUGAAAGAGGUGUUGAAAGAGUGGGGAGGGAGUUAGCCCAUGAGCUGGGAUUUCCAUGGGUUGAGUACUGGGAAUUUUUGGACUCCUUUGUUGACCUUUCUUCCCAAGAGGGCCUACAAAAACUAGAAGAAUACCUUAGUCAACUUGAAAUGAGCAAAAAAGGCCUCCAAGAAACAGGAGAAAAUGAGACUUACAACAAACCUAAAAUUUAUAAUACUUCUGGUAGGAGUAAAAAAUGCAGCAACUCCAUCUCUGUGGGAGCAUUUCUGGAUGAAGAAGAUGACAUGAGCCUAGAAGAAAUUAAAAACAGACAGAAUGCAGCCAGGAAUAGUUGCCAACCACAUGUUUCCCAAGAGCCUGCCAUUGGUGCUUUUGGAGACUCACCAUGUGAUAUACUCUCCAUGGAACACACAGCAAAAGUAAUAGAUACAUCACACCUACCUGGCCGACACUAUGAGAAGGGAAGUUCUUCCAACAGAAAUGGGUUUUGUAGUCCUGUCAGUAAAGAUAGGAUCCUCAGUAGGGAAAAGCGGAAGUCACAGAGCGGGGAGGAGUGCUUGCUUUCACCUGUCUGCAAUUUAAUGACAGAAUUUGACAAACUAACAUUGCAAGACCAAGGAAAUAGGUUUUUUGAGAAAACAAACCAAGUUAUGGCAAAAACUGAUGAUGAGAGAAUUCUGACUUCAGGAUUGAAUCAAGUCAAAAUUUCUAGAGACCAGGUAGAUCAGAUCUAUGCAAAUCAAAUAAAGGCAAACUGUUUGUUGGAAGAAGAUGCUACUACUGCGGGCAAGUCUGGAAAUGGCAAAAGGAGGACAGUAAAAGGAGUGUCACCUCAAAUCGAUAGAUUGUUCUUGGAUUCCAGUGCUCCAGAUGGGGACUCCCAGCAGGUUCAGAUGCAGCCAGGCUCUUCCCUCCUCUCAUCAGAGUCUCCUCCAAGGUGGUUUUCCAAGAUUCCACAUCCAAAUGAAAGAGCCAAGAGAUUCUUUCUUCAAGGAGAAAAACCAACCAAACUGGACCGGGAUGUUUUAGCAGCUAUAGAGCGUGUUGACAUUGAUCCUCAGAAAUACCCCGCUAUCAACAAAUGGAAGAAUAUUGUUCAAUCCUUUUCUGCUUUAGAAAGGCAAAGCUGGCCAAGCCCUGCACUGAAAGAAAAACUCAGAUCCCAGUGUUCAACUUUGGGUUCUCCAAGAAGUUCUGUGUGUUCCAGCCCUGGAAAAUAUGGCAAUUCUUCAUGUUCGCCUAGUUUGGGGAGCCCUGGUCGGUACAGCCCCGCAUAUGCAAACUUGGUAUUAAAGUUAGGUCACCCUCCAGAGCCGCCUGCCCUGUAGAAGAGACUUUUCUGCUGGGGACCCCAUUUAAUUUUUCUUUUAUUAUCUUUGUUUUUUAAAAAGUGGGGAGGCACAUGAAAGAAAGUUUUAUUGAAAUAACACAAAAGAAUGUAUUCUGAUUAUUUAUUAAUCCUCAUUUACAGAGGACAAAUGUACAAUUUUUUUAAAAAAUGCAAAUAUAUAUUGUUUAUUUUCCCAGUUAGAGUACUGUUGAUUUGUGAGUUAACAAAGUGUUAACUCAGAGAAAAGUUUUUAAAUAAUCCUUUAUGGUAAAGCAGUGACAAAUUCAGACUAUCUUAAUUAGCAAUUCUUAAUAAAAAUGAGGAUCUUUAUAAUAGAACAAAAUGAUAAUCCAUUUUAUCUGGUGGACACUUUUAUAUAAGCACCGUGACAAAGAACAGCUAAAUAUCUAAGCAGGUGACUGAAUGUCAGGGAGUCCAGUGCACUAAGUGAGAGUUAGCAGUCCUCUAACUCCUCAACUUCGUUAGGUUUUUUUUUUUUUUUACCCUUUUUUGUUCAUUAAAAGAAAAGGUUUGGGUAACUUUUGGCUUUGAAUUUUUAUUACAUGAUGAGAGAGAAACACCUCUCUGGCUAACACCACUCUUAAGACAUUAAAUGAAAACCAUUAUAAUUCUCUUAUAAACAUCAGUGUCUGAGAUGCUGAUAAUUUUGGUUCAGGGGAGCUUUAAAAAAAUUGACUAGAAGAUAAAAACCGGGCUUUUUCCCUGUGAAAACUAAUGGAAGUAGUCAUACCAAGAACCCUAGCAAUAAAUUACCACCCUUCUUAACCAGCAGGGGUUUCGUAUUCCAACUUAAUGUGACCCCUUCUUUGGGCUAAAGAAAUCCCCCAACCAAUUUCUUUGCUGGGAAGCCGACUCAGAAGAUUGCAGUGGCAGACAUCUCCUGUGCCUUAGCCUUGGGAAGGAGGCCACUGGCUCGUUUGGCAGAAGUGUGUGCACUGCCAUGUUACAGGAGGGCAGGAGCUUCACCCUUCUCUCUUGGCUUAGCCCUCAAGUGAGUACAAAGAGUAUUAGUAGAAAUCUCUAGUUUUAGAAGCAGCAAAACGUAACUGAAGCUCUAAUAUAGCUUCUGAGGACUGCUGCUCUUUCUCCAACUGAGGCUCCUCAUGCAAACUGUACCCUCUUCUGAAUACAAUGGAGGUUGCACAUGACCUCCAGAAUUGCUCUUCAUGUUUUUGUGAACUUAAUAGUGCCUUUUGUUUAAAAAAACACACACACACACAAUAAUUUUUUGAUCUUUUUUUAAAAGUAUAAGCUGACAUCUUAAGUUUGAGCACUUAAGAUGUUUAUUUCCUUUAUAGAAGUUUUCAAUUGAAAUAUAUAUAUAUGAGAGGCUGUUACUUCUGCAUGACGACUAGAGAAGGAGCUGAGUUUUGUAAUCAGGCUGUAGAUUUUGAAAUUGUAAAGAUUACAGUUAUUGUUUAAUUCAUUGUGUUUAAGAUAAUCUGGGAAGUAAGUAGGUGGAAGUCAUGUGUCCUCUUAAGAAGAGAGCAUCAUUCUAAAUAGGAACAAAAUACUGUUACUGAAUUCACAGUGAAGGGAGAUUUCUCUACCCUGACUACCUGUUAAACACUAGCCAGUAUACUAAGGUGUUUGUAUUAUUAACUUUUCUUUUAUACAUAAAAAUGGAAAUAAAAGUUACAGUGUCUAUUUUUUCUUGGUCACAGUGUUUUUCAGAUGAUUUUUCCUAGAUUCAAUAUGGUCUUCUCUCACAUGUUUAUACUAUGUUCUUUACUGAUGUAAAAAAAAAAAAAAAGUUGCUGCAUAGCAAGUUGGCACAUUGAUUCAUCAGGUGUCCUAAGUUAGACCACUUUUUAUAUCAUAAUGCUUUGUACCACCUAAUGAAAUAAAUUAUUUUUAGCUCAUGAUAUUCUUAAU